CAGUAUCUUACCUCCGAAAUUGCCUGUGAGCAAGCAGUACGCGGGGAAUGUGUACCUACGAAAGCCUAUACAGGGUCUUUGCCCCUACUGUGCGCGUAUAGAUACUAGCUAGAUGUCGGUAGAUGAUAAGUACUCUCACUUAACCGCCGACAUCGAGCCGUGGGUGUGUAUCUCGGACGAAUGCACCAAGCCGUUUGUCUACUUCGGCACCUUUAAGGAGUGGAGAUCCUACAUGAAAGACAGGCACUCGCGAGUCUGGUACUACAUCCUCCUCGACGAUGACCUAGAGUAUCACUGUACCCUUUGCAGCCCCUCGCCUCCGUUUGUCAGCAAGGCGGCCUUCGACAGCCACGUGCUCUCUGUCCAUCACGGCCGCGUCAACGACGCUGAGGACAAUCCCCCUCCGCUGGUCAGAAGCCGGAAGUUCGGUAAUAUGGGGCUCUUCAUCUGCCCGCUAUGCGGGUUCGCCAUUAUGGACGAGCAGCUCAUCGCAUCGCAUGUCGGGCUCCACCUUGAGACCCUCGCUUUCUCCUGCCUGCGCAACCUGAACCCCCAGGGCAGAGACGAUUCCUCCACCGGCUCCGGGGACACAGACCUGGCCACAUGCCCGACGAAACGUCUCUCGGGGGGCCGUCGAAUCCUCGGCUCCGACCUAGACCCAGACCCCGACAACGGUCCGGAGCAGCAGGCCAUGCAGGACCUGCGGCAGGAGGAAUACAACGAGAAUUUAUUCAGAGAGCAGGUCGACCAAGAGGAGGUGCCGCCGUACUACCUCGAGAGUGCGGACGAGGACUGGGAGUUCCUGAAUGGGGCGCUCAACCGAAGCGACAUGGUGCCGAUACGCCCAGGCUCGCCCAGGCAUGCUUUUGCAGCGCGCCAACAUCCUGAAUACAUCCUCACAGACCCUACCAGUCAGCAGACGGGUCUGCCCCAGUUCGGUAGCGGGCUGUCCAAUGUCGGCUUUGGCGGCGGUGGUGAUAGUGACGGCGGUGAUGCUGACGGCGAUGGUGCUGGCGGCCGCGGUCUUCGGCGGCGGUCGUUUUGGCGGUGGUGGCGGUGAUGGCGGUGGUGGUUGUCAGGCCCGAAACUUUUUCAGGCUCGUGAGCCGAGCCUUCCUGGCACCCUGACACAGCAGGCUGUUCUCUUUGGCUCUA